CUACUCACGAACCCUGCUGGCGCACACGCCCGCCGGGAGUGGUUCUCCGGGCCGGCCCGGAGAGGAACGCGAUGAUCGGGGCGACCACCCCCACGACGGAGGGAGGACAGAGUGAAAAGGAGGGGCAUGAUGGCAUGGCCCAUGGGGAGGCCAAGCCCGGCCCGGGGAGAGGCAUAGCCGUAUCGAGGUGGCUGGUGGAAUCCGUGCGCGGAUGGGGAGUACUGGCUCGUGUCUUGAGUAGGAGGGCACCACCCAACCCGCAUCAUGGGGCGGGUCGGAGAGGCCUGUGGACCCUUUGCUGCCGGAAGAAUGGGCAUGCCCGGGAGAGGGGGAGCGGAUCGACGGAGCGGCAGGGCCGGCCAGCUCUGCAGGGUGUGGGCCAUUCGGACGGGGAUAGCGGCUCGGGCUAUACACACACCGCGGCGCCCAAGAAGGUAUACGUAUGCACCGACACUCUCGCCCGUCUCUGGGGCCACGAGGGCUUUCGGUCGUGUGGCGUGUGUCGUGGGCGGCGCGUUCCCCCCCUGGUGCGGUGGGUGCGCCAGCCAAACGGGGUCCCCGGCGCACCGGGCCUUUGGCUCGCGAUCGGACCGAAGAAGAGGCGAGCGAUGGGGAUAUCGAGGUCGGGUGUCGGGGAGGAGACAUGGUGACGGGGUUAUCGGCCGGAUGCGAUCCGCAGGGGCUUGGGCCGGGGGGCGGCGUGGGGGGUGCCUGCACCGGGCACGGCAUCUCAAACCGCCGAACGAAAAACCCCAAGCGCGAUCUCCCAUCCGGGUCGGUGCACGGACGGGCCCGGGGUGGUGGCCGGGAAGGGGUGAGCAUCGGUCGGGUCGCCCGGGCAGCGGGGCCGGAGGAGAGGCCGGCCCUGCUGGGGCCCGCCGCGAGCAGGGCGGCUUCGGCGCUCGAAUGCUCGACCCCGCCUCGCUGUUGUGCCCACAGAGCGGGAGAGCCGCGCAAGAGGGGACCCCCGCGCACGGUUCGGGGAAACCACGAACGCGCCCGGCAGAGGCCAUGCUCAGACCGACGCGAGUGCGCCCCCACUCCACCCCACCCGAUGAUGCCAGAAAUCGUCCCGAGACAAGACCUCAUCCUGUUCCCACAUCACCCACCACCCCCGAUUCGGAAGUCACCUCCUCCCCUCCCUGGGCCAUCUCCCCCAAGUGGAUCGAUCUGCUCGGAUCCCGGUCCAUGAUCGUGCCCUCCCCGAUACCGACCAUAGGGUCCUUCCAUGAACGGAGACAGGGGGCGCCAGAUCGGCACUCAUCCCCGAUCGACCGGGGGGCUUGAACCGACGACCCCACCCGAAC